UUCGCGAACAUGGCACCGCGUUACGAAAGAGUGGUGUUGUGUCGCGGCGGAUUGUCAGAAAAGAAUGAUUCUCAAGAAGUUUACGUAAAAACAUUAAAAACCGCAGGUUAUUCGUGCAAUUGUCUGCCUACAUUGUGCUUCAACUUCGUGAACACGCCGGAACUUCGAACGUGUCUCCAUUCACCAGGCUUGUAUUAUGGACUCAUACUGACGAGUAAACGAGCUGUUGAGGCGAUUAAUCUGGCAUCCAAGGAAAAUGACAGGAUUCUGUUACCUUGGAGAACUCUGCCAGUGUACUGUGUGGGGCCAGCAACUGAGUCUUUUGCCAGAAGUCACUUAGGUUCUGAAAACUGUUUUGGUAGCAAGGCUGGAAAUGCCAAAGAAUUAGCUGAACUAUUAGUAGCAUCCGUUGGCAAAGAGUCAAAGCCUCUGCUGUAUCCUUGCAGUGAAAUCGGAAGGGAGACAAUUGAGAAAACACUUACUGAAAAUAGUAUAAGGGUUAACAAGAUAAUUGUGUAUAGAACUUUGCCCAGUGAAACUUUGGAACAGGAUUUGUCAGAAUUCAUAGAUAAUGAACCUAGAAUAUUUGCUUUCUUUAGUCCCUCUGCUGUAGAAUGUAUAAUGACAAUAUUAAAGAGAAAAUGUUACGAUAUGAGUAACAUAAAAGCAGCUGCCAUUGGACCAGUGACUGGACAAGCAUUAUUGGAUGCUGGUUUAACAGUUUUUGCCAUUGCCAGCAAACCUGACCCUGUAUCAUUACUAAAAUCUAUUAAAGAUGCUGAAAGAAGUGAAGUUCUAGAAGAGACUGAAGGAAGAGAUCGAUGA